CACUCACACACUCUCUCUCCCUUCUUCUUUAACGGGAACGGUAAUACAAAUUCAAGGCUUCCAUAAAUAUACGUCUUCCGGGAAUGAUUCCAUGCUUCAGAUUAGUGUUGUCCCCCAGAAGUUGAGCCCGGAAGAUGAAAGAGGGAAAAAUACAAGUGAGCUUUUAUUAGAUCAAUGAAAAUAGCCGCUGUUCACAGCGCUAAUCUCUGUGUCAAGCCUUAUUUUGAGCUGCUCACUCCUUUUUCAACAUGCAAGCGACUACUCUUCGAACGCAAUCAUUUCGGUCCAUGAUUAGCAUAACCAAGUAUACACCAUGGAAGCGACCCUUUUCAUCUUCUCUUCGCCGCUGUGAAAUCAGAGAUAUCGAGACGUUACCUCACCGGUUAUUACCUAAAUACGAAGAAUCUUGGGAGGGCGAUCUCCUUUCUCUUCAAUGGCCAGCACCCCCUCGGAAUGUCUUUGUUGUGAAAAAGGAUUGCGUGCCAACAGUGACGGAAUCGCUGAUUGAAUUUGCGAAUCAUGUAACAUCUACAUAUCCAUCUAUCGCCCUGAUCCUAGAGCCAAAGACUGCCGAAGAAGUGCAUUCAAACUUCCCUUUUCCCAUCUACUCAGCUCCAUUGAGCAGGCUAGCCUCGGGGUUACAUAGUAAAGCGGACCUUACGGUUACUCUUGGAGGGGAUGGAACUAUUUUGCAUGCUUCUUCCUUGUUCGCUACAUGUUACAAUGUGCCCCCGGUGCUUUCAUUCAGCAUGGGUACACUGGGGUUUUUAAGCGAGUGGAAGUUCGAGGAGUACAAACGCGCAUUUCGUGAGGUAUACAUGUCCGGUGCGGGAGUAGGGGAUCGAGCUCCUAUGUUAGAAGCGUCGAGGUGUAUUGCGACGGAUUAUCAAGCGGAUUCUGAGACAGGCCCCACGGGAUGGUCGUCGGUUCGUGGGAAAUCAAUGGGCUCGAGCCGCGGAGCUCGCAUUUUGAUGCGAAACCGCCUAAAAGUUGGGCUUUUCACUGCUGACGGGAGACCUGUUCAGCAAGACCGAGGCUCAACUUCCGUACGGAAUACGUUGAGCAGCCAGGGAGUGUACGUAAUGAACGAAGUGCUUCUCCAUCGUGGCAAGGAGCCGCAUCUUGCGGUGGUGGAUGUUUAUGUCGGAGGACGAUUCCUUACAGAGGCAGUGGCGGAUGGGAUCAUUAUCUCGACGCCCACGGGUAGUACCGCAUAUAGCUUGAGUAGUGGUGGCAGUAUUGUGCAUCCCUUGGUACCUUCGGUUCUAUUAACUCCAAUCUGUGCCCGGAGUCUGAGUUUCCGGCCUUUGGUUUUACCAUCCAGCACGCCGAUUACGUUGAAACUGAGUGAAAAGAACCGGGGUCGUGAAUUAGAGAUGAGUAUUGACGGGGUCAACAUGGGUCAGGGAAUGGCUGUUGGUAUGGAGGUCCGAGUAUGGAAUGAAGAGAUGCGGCACGGCAAAAACGAAUGGCAGGGAGGAGUACCAUGUGUGAUGAGGAGAAUUAUGGGUGGUGAGGCGCAUGAUGGAUGGGUUGGCGGUUUGAAUGGGCUGCUCAAAUUUAACUACCCCUUCGGUGAAGAACCGUGA